GCAGCCGGUAAAGCGCAUGAAGGAUCUUCACACUUUUCACCUUCUCUCUAUUUCUCUCUCUCUCUCUAACGAACCUGCGGCGGGUGAUCUAGAAGAUGGGAAAUGGGACUGAGGUUGUGGUUAGGUCAGAUAAGGAAGAGAGUAUAAAUCUUAGUGAGGAUGAGCAAGUAGUGAAGAAUGAGUUGGUGGGAUCUGAUGAAACUAGGGAUGAUAACGAAGAUGAGGUUUUUGAGGAAGCUAUUGGUUCAGAGGAUGAUGAUCAGGAGGAGGGUGGAAAGGGUGAAUCGUUUGAACCCAAUGAGUUGCAAAAGGAUUCAGCUUUAAAGGAUGACCAUGAAGUGGAGGAUUUUGAAGAGGCAGAUGGGGAUCUAGAUGAAACAAGUAGCAAUGAAGGAGGAGUGAAAGAUUUGAAGGUUGGUUAUUCUGUUGUUGGAGAGAGGCAUGUAGAUGCUGAAUUUGAUUCUGUGAUUCCUAAAAUGAAUGGUGAUGAUGGGGAAGCUGGUGCGGAAAAUUCUUAUGGUCGAAUUGACUCGAGCUUGGAUGUUGUUGAGAAUACUGAGAAGGUUCAUUCCAAUGGUUCCAAUUUAGUGUCUGAGGGUGUGAAUAUUGAAAACGGAAAGACUCAUUCCUUAUCGGAAAAUGGAAUUACCUCUUCUAAGAAUAAAGAAGUAGUGGCUGAAGUUGUCUUAAAAACUGUUGGGCAUGAGGAACCCUGGGAUGAUGGCAUUGAAGUAGAUAAUUGGGAGGAAAGAGUUGAUGGCGUACGGACAGAACAAGAGGUUGAGGGAGAUGAAGGAACAGAUAAGAAUAGUGUUGAGAAGGGUUCAGUAUGUAUAGAGAAUGAGAAUGAGGCAAAAAAUAGUGGUGAGACCGGUGGUGACUACACUAGUAAAAUUGUUGAAAAUGCUUCAGGUGACAAAUCUGUGAAUAAUAGUAUCGGAGUAGCAAAUGCUGAGACUUCAUCUCCGUUGGAUGAAUCUAGUUCCAGGGAAAAGGGAGAGACCGAAGAGGACAAUACUUGUUUGAAACCAGAGCCACACUUGGUUUCUUCUCCAAACUCACAUCUUGAGUCUACGGAAGUUCGCAGUGAUAGUAGCUCCCUUGGGGUACCUUUUAGAGAACAGGAGGCAGUUCAAAAUGCUAAAGUAGGACAUGAUGUUCAACAGAGUCCUCAACCUAAUAAGGAACUUGAGAAGCAGCAAAGCAGCAGGGAAAAUUUAGAUCCAGAAAUUAAGGAAAACGCACAUGUGGAUAGAGAACCUGAGGUAGUAAGUUCUGUUUCACCAACAGAGUCUACAAGUAAUCCUGCAGCUUCACCACCUGCUCGUCCAGCAGGUCUUGGCCGUGCUUCUCCUCUUUUGGAACCUGCACCACGUGCUCCUCAACAGUCUCGUGUCAAUGGAAAUGUGUCGCACAACCAGUCUCAGCAAACUGAGGACUCUACCACUGCAGAGGCUGAUGAGCACGAUGAGACCCGUGAGAAGCUCCAGUUGAUCAGGGUAAAAUUUUUGAGGCUUGCUCAUAGGCUAGGGCAAACCCCGCAUAAUGUUGUAGUUGCUCAGGUUUUAUACAGGCUUGGAUUGGCUGAGCAGUUGAGGGGCAGAAAUGGAAGUCGUGUUGGUGCUUUUAGUUUUGAUCGAGCCAGUGCCAUGGCAGAACAGCUUGAGUCAGCUGGACAGGAUCCACUUGAUUUUUCUUGUACAAUUAUGGUGCUUGGUAAAAGUGGAGUUGGUAAAAGUGCAACAAUCAACUCUAUAUUUGAUGAAGUGAAAUUUUGUACUGAUGCAUUCCAGAUGGGGACAAAGAGGGUUCAAGAUGUUGAGGGUUUUGUUCAGGGAAUUAAGGUACGGGUGAUUGACACUCCCGGUCUCUUACCUUCCUGGUCUGAUCAAGCCAAGAACGAAAAGAUCCUGAAUUCUGUUAAGGCUUUCAUCAAGAAGAAUCCACCUGACAUUGUACUAUAUCUUGAUAGGUUGGAUAUGCAAAGCAGAGAUUCUGGUGACAUGCCUCUUCUGCGCACCAUCAGUGAUGUUUUCGGUCCAUCAAUAUGGUUUAAUGCCAUUGUGGGUUUGACUCAUGCCGCUUCUGUUCCACCAGAUGGCCCAAAUGGCACUGCUUCUAGCUAUGACAUGUUUGUAACACAACGUUCUCAUGUCAUCCAGCAGGCCAUUCGCCAAGCAGCCGGAGAUAUGAGGCUCAUGAACCCUGUUUCUUUAGUUGAGAAUCACUCUGCUUGCAGGACUAAUCGGGCAGGCCAGAGAGUGUUACCGAAUGGCCAAGUGUGGAAGCCUCAUUUACUGUUACUCUCAUUUGCAUCCAAGAUUCUAGCAGAAGCUAAUGCUCUUUUGAAAUUACAAGAUAAUAUUCCCGGGAGACCAUUCGUAGCUCGGUCCAAGGCUCCACCAUUACCAUUUCUCCUUUCAUCACUUUUGCAAUCAAGACCACAACCCAAGCUUCCUGAACAGCAGUAUGGUGAUGAAGAAGAUGAAGAUGAUUUAGAUGAAUCAUCAGGUUCAGACGAAGAAUCAGAGUAUGACCAGCUUCCUCCCUUUAAAAGUUUGACUAAAGCUCAAAUGGCUACACUUAGUAAAUCUCAGAAGAAGCAGUAUCUUGAUGAAAUGGAGUACCGGGAGAAACUAUUAAUGAAGAAGCAAAUGAAAGAGGAAAGAAAGAGACGUAAGAUGUUUAAGAAAUUUGCUGCAGAGAUUAAAGAUUUGCCAGAUGGGUAUAAUGAAAAUGUGGAAGAGGAGAGCGGUGGACCUGCAUCAGUUCCAGUUCCUAUGCCAGAUUUAUCUCUACCUGCGUCUUUUGAUUCUGAUAACCCGACUCACCGCUACCGGUACCUUGAUUCCUCCAAUCAGUGGCUUGUUAGGCCAGUCUUGGAAACUCAUGGGUGGGAUCAUGAUAUUGGUUAUGAAGGUGUGAAUGCAGAACGACUCUUCGUUGUAAAUGAAAAAAUACCAAUAUCUUUCUCAGGCCAAGUUACAAAAGACAAGAAGGAUGCAAAUGUGCAGUUGGAAAUGGCCAGCUCGCUUAAACAUGGAGAGGGUAAAUCAACUUCCCUGGGUUUUGACAUGCAGACUGUUGGAAAGGAAUUGGCUUACACUCUUCGAAGUGAAACAAGAUUCAACAAUUUCAGGAGAAACAAAGCUGCAGCUGCUGUCUCUGUAACGCUCUUGGGUGAUUCGGUUUCUGCGGGGAUGAAAGUUGAAGAUAAGUUGAUUGCUAAUAAAUGGUUCAGAAUGGUUAUGUCUGGUGGAGCAAUGACUAGUCGGGGAGAUGUGGCUUAUGGUGGUAGUUUAGAAGCUCAGUUUAGAGAUAAAGAUUAUCCGCUUGGUCGGUUUUUGACUACUCUUGGACUUUCUGUUAUGGAUUGGCACGGUGAUCUUGCUAUAGGAGGGAACAUACAGUCUCAGGUUCCCAUUGGACGUUCCUCUAAUUUGAUUGCUCGUGCUAAUCUGAAUAAUAGAGGAGCAGGGCAAGUGAGUGUCCGUGUAAACAGCUCUGAGCAGCUCCAACUUGCUAUGGUUGCAAUUGUUCCUCUCUUCAAAAAGCUACUUAGUUAUUAUUAUUCCCCGCAAACGCAAUAUGGACAAUGAUGAAGAAUAUUUAGGCUGAUUUCACUUCUAUCCCUUUGCAAUGGAUCAUUAGGAAAUGAUUAGUCACAAGAACACGUUAGAGUGAGUUGAAAAGGUGUUGUUUGCUAGCAAGAGACCAAUCGCUGGAGGAAAUCAUGUGUCUUAAAAUAGCCAGAACAUAACACGUUCCCUGUCUGAUAUAUACUAGCUCAGUGGUUGUUUUAUUUCUAUUUCUAAAACUUUGUGAUCUCUAUUAUGAAUGAAGCAUAUCUAUUUUUGUUCA